GAUGUGGGCCUGAGGCUUAAUGUUAGAUUUCAUUUCAAGGCGAUCGGUUAUUUUAAUAAUGUCAUCUGAACCGGACGAGUUUACUUAUGACAAACUACUUGCUUUUGCAUCGAGGUACAACAGACGCUUACAACAGGAUAAACUUAGUCGACUACCAUUUUUGGACAGCGCAACCGGAAUAGCUCAAAGACCGUGCUUACUUUACCGCAACCAAAGAGAAAGAGAGGGAGGCUACCUAACUCAAGUGUAUCGAUAUCGUUCCCACAGAUGGAAGAAAAGCAAACGAACUGGUCAACUCCCUUCUUUCCUGUAUCAUGGCGAUUUGUUAAAUGGGGUUGCUAAAGUUGACCGUCCCAAUAUUGUCUCAGGAUUAGAUUCGUGUUCUAAGGAUGCGGAUGAUGAUAGUCGUAGUACUUGGGCUGCCUGCCCAGAAUACGAUAUGGAUUCUGAUGCAAGUGAUUUCGCAGAUGAGAAUUUCGGAGUUCGCAGACGUCGAAAAAAAGGUCGGACUCCACGCAUCAGCAGAUCUAACCAUUCUGGACCUGGUCGGCGACGUUCCAAUUAUUCUGCAUUCGAUGAUGACUCGAAUGAACGCCAGACAUCUUUACCAGUAUUUUUGUGUGAAUUUUGUGGCGUAAAAUACAGAUCUAGAGCCGGGCUAAACUACCACAUUAAUUCACAGCAUUCGGAGGUACGUGUAUUUACUUUCAUUACAAAUUUUUAUUAA